AUGUUUUCUCUCUCAAUAAAUGAUUAACUAAAAUCAGGUAGAGAAAGCAAGGUAGGUUCUAGUGAGAGAGAGGAAGAGUUGACCUGUUAGUGGCGAGGGAUUGAUGAUGGCUGCCACUCUGCCUUUCACUCGGCCUCAUCUAUCUGUAAAUACAGUUGUUGUGUAGAUAUAUCAUAUAUUUAUGUUAUGUUUAUUCUAACGGCGUGAGGUGAUCUCUCUCCUUUCUUCAUUCCUACGCACGCACACACGUUACCUACAUCCCUACGCGUAUCUAUGUGUUUAGCUGUCAACUUAACGCAUUUGCGUAUUUCUUCUUUUCAUUUCGGAUCUGUACGAAUUUUUUUUUCCUGCUAACCGUUGGAUUUACGCAGCUGUUCCUCCAUUUCUCAGUUUUUAUAGGAAAAUUUUUUCCAUUCUGUAUUUUUGAGGUUGAUCGGUCCAAUGAAACGUUGCAACGGAAAGGAAGGACGUCUACCGAAUUCGUAGAAGGAGGUUGCAGGAAAAAAAAAAGAAAGGUGAUUUGAAAUCUUCAUACGACUGAGAAGGUGUAGGCUUGUUGAUUAAUGCGUGAAUGUUUGCUACACAACUGCUGAGGAUUCUUGAAGUUGAAACUUCUCCCACGGAUGUGAAGGGUGAAAACUGUGUCUGUGACUCAGCUGCACAAGACAUGAUGAUCAUGAAGGAGAAUCAGGACGGAGCUCAUUACGACUCUAAAUAUUUGGGGAGGGACUCUGAUCCUGCGCCUGUUCGAAGUAAAGAAACGCCCCAGUUAAAUGGUCUUAAUAGGGACACCCAUCCUUUACCUUUCGAUGUAAAAGGCACAGAGGUGUAUUGGAACCCUAAACUUGACGAUGAUCUUUCCACAAACAGAAAUGGACACCUUAAAGGGUACGAGUUUCAAAAUGGACCUCUUUGUCGUCAGGAAAGUCUGCAGGAUGAUAUAGAUUCAGUAUCGUCUGACACAAAUGCUAAAGAUGAAGUGCAAACCACGCCAGAGCAUGAUAAUGAAAAUGAAUCAAGUGAUUGUAUGUCUCCGUGUGUAGCUACUGCUUCAGACUUGUUCGGUAGAGAUAAACAUUUGUAUAUGGAUAAAAAUGUGCUGGAAUAUCAGCGACCUGAGUUGGUAGUUUGCUAUAAAGAACUGAAUUAUCAUGUUGUGAAGGAUAUAUGCGUUGAUGAGGGAAUGCCUGCAAACAGAAGAAUUUUGAUUGAUAAUAGUGAUGAUGGUCAGUCUGGGAAUUGUUUUCCUCAUCCUCAGAAUGAUCAUAGCAAACAUGCGGCUACUGGAGGUGUUGAUGACGAAUUUCUCAUAUCAAAUGUAGUAGAAGCUGCUACUUCACUGGAGGAUUCAGAGUUUGCUGUUGCUAAUCAGCAGUGGAGCAAAGAGAUAUUCCUUGUCCAAGGCCAGCCAAAUUCUCCAUCAGAAAGAUCUUCAUUCAAGGAUACUGCCACAGGUUGUAAUCUGGAGGAAUCGAUACAGGAAAAUGGAGCGGAUUUUGGAGCGACCAGCAAAACAGCAACGCAUGCUCCAGAUGUGGAGUCUUUUGUAGAUGAGACUCUUCCAAUUCAAGAAUUUGGCACUCGUAGUUUCCUCAGAUCUUUUCUGAGUGCUUUUGAUGCUGAUGGAAAUGAGCUGCCAGAUCAGCAGUUUUCUGAAGGUCCUGCUGCGACAUCAACAGAAGCAAGCCUAAAGGAGGAUGUGCAGAAAAGUAGCUUAAAAUACAACAGUCAGGUGGAAACAAGAAGCAUAACCUUCAAUUUCAACUCCUUGGGUGCUACAAGUGGGGAAACAGAAAUCAUUAAGGAACAGCCUGUUGACUCGAGAGAGGUGAUCGAAUCUGAAAUUCCUUCAGAUACCAGGCAAAGAGGACAACCUCAGGAUUCUAGCAGAAAUGACAUGAACAACAAUAAUACUGCUCUGGAUCAGUCCCUUGACUGCAAGGAUGAUAGGGCUGCUGACAAUGGACCAGUUGUUAGUCUACUGAGAUAUGAUCCGGGGGAGUCGAGCUUUUCUGCAGACAGUUACAUAACACACUCAGGGCCAAUAGCAUUUUCUGGAAACGUUUCCCUUCGCUCAGAUGGCAGUGCAACCAGUGGCAGAUCUUUUGCCUUCCCAGUAUUACAAUCUGAAUGGAAUUCCAGUCCAGUGAGGAUGACAGAAGCCGAGAGGAGACGUUUUCGGAAACACAAGUGUUGGAGAUCAGGCCUUCUCUGUUGUAGAUUCUAAAGGCUUUUAACUACAUGUUAGGUUGUUAGGUGCAGAAAUACAUUUGCUAAAUCUAUAUUUAAUUAUUUUUAUUUUAAUCAUAAUUCUCUAUCCUUGUGUAAAAUGUCACAUGCAUUAUUUAUCUAAAGUAUUUUAUGUAAAAGAACACAAGUUCCUUAUCAGGAUCUCUUUCUUGAAUAAACCGUAUUCUUUAUUUAA